GUUAUCAACAGGCUGCAGUGGAUGUGGCGUUAGCUUGCGAUAUCGGUGCCAGUAACAACUAUUAAGAUAAAUUAAACUGGGUAGAAAUGGCUCGAGCUCACGCGGAAAACGUAAUUAAAAACAUUAUUCGUGAAAUCGUGCAGGAGUGUGCAGUGAGAGGACAUGCGGUGUCCGACACUUUGGUGGCUUUCAUGGUAAAAGCUGUUGUGUUGGACCCAAGAAAUGGUUUUAAUGGUGAUCGCACACUUACCAAACAAGACAUCCAGAAACUUCAAGAGCUGUGUCUGGAUAAACUAAUGGAAAAGUGCAGUCCAUCCCUUGACACCAUGAAAAUGCAAGUGUAUUUUGAUAUGAACUACACCUCCCGACGGGAGUUUCUUGAGGAAAUCCACCGGGUGAUUGAGUCCAGGCUGAGUCCAGUGAGCAGAGAGAUCACUGACAGCAGAGUGAAAACACGCGAGGAAUUAGACGAUUUGUACCGUAAAAUCAUCACCUAUAUCCAGCUGAGCUCUGGCAUUGACUCACCUACAGAUGUCAACACUCUGCAAGAGGCUACAGCUGCCCUGCAGAGCGUCUUUCCUCAGACUGAACUGGGAGCUUUCAUGGUGCUCUUAAAGAGGGACAAGGAGCAGCAGCUCAAGGAGCUCGCCAUGAUUGUCACAGGGAUCCGACUCUUUAACAAAGCCAGCAAGAUGGGAGCCGAAGAGAUUGACCUCCGUGAACUUAUGCCUGCAAUUCUUAAUGAAGCUCUUCCAGUCACCAGUAAAAGUAUAGAAAAUGACCUGAGUGUAUCACAGACUUUGGCAUGGAAAUUCACAGCUGUGCUGGAGAAGCUUACAGAGCCUGACAGUCAGCCUGGAGAAUGUGACGUGCCUAGUGUCCUACUCAAACAGGCCCUCUACAAUGUCAGGCAGCAUGAAGUUUUCCUCAAAAUGUUACUGGCUGAUGCAUAUGUAUGUGCCAAGCAUGUUGAAAUCAUACAGACUGAGCUGUCAUCACAGAUGAAGCUGCUGAAAGAAGUUGUGCAAUCAAAGACAGCAAUUCCAACAGCAAAGGUUUUUCCACUGUUUAAGUCUCUGUCAAAGCUGUGGUCUGGACUUCAGGAUGAGGCUGAGCUGCUGAAUAUCCUCAACAACAUCAUGCACAAUCUGCAGCCAUUCGUUGCCUCUCAGGCCAAGAUUUUUUCUGAGGCUUAUUUGGACGGCCUGCUGGAGGCAUCCGAGGUGAAGACGGAUGAACAGAGAACGACUGAGUCCACAGAUGAGCGCAUUGUUCCAGCUGAGAUGAAGACCCAAGAAUGGCUCCUGCCUGAAACAACAGCCAGUUUUGAUAAGCUGCCACUACAGUAUAAUGGAGUCUGUGGCUACACGCUUGUGAAAAAUGAUGGGCUUCUACUUCCAGGUAAUCCAUACAUUGGAGUCUUCAAACUAAAGGAGAAACUCUAUGUUUUUAGGUCCAAAGAAGCUGCCUUAAAAUUUGCCUCCAGUCCAGAAGACUUCAUUGCAGAGGUGGCAGAGAAAGCAAAGCACUCCCCUGAACUCAUUCAGCUCCUCAAACUCCAUCAACAGUUUUCCUGCGUCAGUCCUUACUCAGAGAUUCAGCCAGGAGAGAGUUUAUUGGUGAAGCCCAUCACGAAGUGUGAGAGCGGCACCCAGACAGACAUCCACCCAGUGGAGACAAACAAUGAUAAGUCAUACGAGUGGAAUGAGUGGGAGCUGCGACGAAAAGCUAUCAAACUGGCUGAUCUCUUAACCAAAGUGACACACUCAGUGCAGACUGAUAUGAGCCACAUGAGACGGGAGAAUGUCACUCAGACCUGGCUGCCUAAAGAUGCUGCCUGUCAAAGCAAGAGAGAUGGUGAGAGCAACGUGCCCAAACCUUAGGUCGACCUGGCUGCAGAGAGACAGACAUGUGGUCAAAAAGAACCUGACUAGGUCUGUGGAAGAAUAAUCAUAGAAAACAUUUGUUGUUGAGUGCAAUAAAAGUGAAUGUAAGAAUUUUCUUAUGGUUUUUGUUUUCCACCUCUGAUAGAGCACAGUCCACAUUUGCUGCCCUAAACUUUGUUUCAUGUAAAGUAAAGAAUGGGGCACAACACACUAUAGCAGUGGUUCUCAACCUUUUUGAGUUGCGACCCCCAAUUUAACAUGCAUGUUACGCCAAGACCCCCCACCGACCCCUUUUUCCGCUGUGCUCACUGAACAGAAUCUCAUGAGCACAGUUCAGAUCAUACAAAAUCAGUUGAUACGACGAAUUUUGGACAAAUAAUGAAGCAGAUAACAACUAAAACAUCUCCCUGUCUGAAAUUAUGUCACUUCAUUUUAAUUUUGUGCAUUUAUAUUUUUUCCAAAAUGAUUUGGCGACCCCCAGAAAUCAUCUCGCGACCCCAGUUGGGGUCAGGACCCCAAGGUUGAGAAUUGCUGCACUAUAGGACAAGUAGAUUUUAAUUUUCAUUUAACAUUGUGACUUUUUUUCAUCAAAUGUUGACUUUAUUGUGGUAAUAUUUUGUUCUGAAAACAUAGUAAGUAAAGAUAAUAUAUUUAUUUAGUAUAGCACCAUUCACAGAAAUAAAAUUCACAAAGUGCUUCACAAGAAUAAAAAACAAAUAAAAGAUAUGCAAGCUAUACACAAAGGCAAUACAAACGUACAAGAGAGAAAUUUAUUCAUGAAAUCUCAGAGAACACACAUGGAUAUACACUACUUUGAACAUUAACAGAAAUCUUGCUGAAACAUAUGAGCUAUUGUUGUCCAGGGGUUUAUAAAUUCAUUAUAAUGAAUCAAUUUUUUACAUACACCUUUAAAGAGGUUACUUCUCCUAACAAAAGAUACAAAACAGAACAGAGAAUAAAUCAUGCCUUGAUGUGUGUUGACUCAGCAGAAAUAACAAAUGAGAAAAGUUGAUCUAAAGAAGAUUUGGGUAUGUUAAAUGUGGUUAAAACAGCAUAAAAUGAUGCUUAGGUGUUACAUAUAUAUUCUGACAGUGAUGUUUAAUAGUGUGGAAAGAAUAUGUAUUAAUGUUACUGAAUUUAUUACCAUAUAUUGGUUAAAAGUAGUCCGUUUUGGAUUCAUAAAUUAACUGUAAAACUGUGGUAAAUUUGUGGUGUUUUGGGGCCCUGUAAUUGUUGGUAACUUAGCUACCAUGUCAUUUUGCCUUAUGUAAACAGAUUGAAACAGUUUUCAAGGAAAAGCCAAAUAUAUGUUAAUGUAUGUUAUUGUUAUUAUUCUCAUGCAUUUGACAUUGUAAUAAUGCAUGAUAUUCUCCUCACAUACAAGUAUUUCUGCUACUACAAUGCUGGCACUGCUUUCACUUAGGAGGUCAGUAAAUUUUACAAUUGUGUUUUUAAGGCCAGUUGAAUGGUUAAUGAC